UCUCCAGCCAAUAACCCGUCCAUUUCGUCUACCAUUCCUCUCCCCCAAAUCCGCCGCCUCCAAUUCCCCGAAUCGAGCUAUCUCACGCCGAGACAAACCCUAGCUCCCGCCGGCGCCGCCCCCUCGCCAGCGCCGGGAUGGACUUCACGGCGCCCUCCUUCUCGCUGGGUUUCGAUUGGGAUGACGACGACCCCCCUCCCCCGGCCGGGAGCGGCCCGUGCGAGCAGCCGCGAGGGUACGCGGCGCCCGACGCGCCGUCGUUCUCGCUAGGGAUCGACUUCGACGACGACGUCGAGGAGGAGCCCCGGCCCCCCGUGGGAGGCCGCCGGGAAGAGCAGGCGCGGGGUUCCGCGGCCCCCGACCCGCCGUCGUUCUCCCUGGGCUUCGACGACGAAGACGAAGACGGUGACAAGCUCGCCGCCGAACAGCGUCACGAGCAGGCGCGCCCCCAGGUGGCGCCUCGUGCCCCCUCUUCGGUUGGCGCUGAAGAUGAGGACGAUGACUUUGUCCUUGCCGGUAGCAACCAGCCGCCGCCGGAGACCAAACGAUUCAAGCGGCUGCGGAAGGGCCCUGCGCCAUCCCAUCCGGUGCCAAUUCCGCAGGUGCGGCGCUGUGAGGCGCCCGACGCACCCUCUUUCUCCCUGGGCUUCAGCGAUGACGACGAGGAUUUCUUUGCUGACGGCCAGCAUCAUAAGCAAUCGAGACAGCCGGCAGCACCUCGUGCCCCCUCGUCGUUCAGUUUUGAAGAUGAGGCCGACUUCUUCGUCGCUGGUGACCGAAGGGCAGAACCAGCCCGGAUUGAAGCGACUCCACCUAAGCGGCUGCGGAAGGGCCCCGUGCUGCCACAUCUGACGCCAUCACCACCUCCUCUCAAGGUGCCAGGACCACCAACGGCAGGAGUGUCUCCAGUGAUGAGUGAAAAUGGAGCACUAGGGGUGGUUGGGGCUGGGAGUUUAGAAGAUGAGAUCGAAGAUUGUACAACAGACGAGGAUCGACCGAUGCGAGAUGUGCCACCUUCCGUUGGUAGCUGCAGCACUUCCAGCAACUCAAAAUUCUCUCUGCUCAACUGUGGUGUCCUCGUGACUCAGUCAGCAACCAAAGUGAAGACAUCAAAAUUUACACAGACAUCAAAUUCUUCGGCUUCAAAAUCUUUGGAAGAAAGCUGCACAAAGAAACUACUUCCUAAGAUAACAAUAAGCCCAAUGAGGAAAAUCCACUUGCUUGACUCUGAUACAGAUGCAGAUGAUAACGAAAAUCGAAAUAAAGCAAAGAAGCCAGUUAGUCCUGUUAAAAAGAGACAAGAAUCCAUGCACAAAUAUAUGCAGGAAAAGCCUACCUUGCAACAAAACAGCAAGCCCCAAGGGAGCACCACUGUGCAAAAGAGUGAAGCUAUGAUGAAUGACAAUUGGGCAACACCUGCCUUUGAUGAGUUUUGCAAUGAAUACUUCAAAUCUACAAAUGAUGCAGGAUCUUCUCAGAAGAAAGAAGGCAACAGUUUUUGUUGUUCCAAACUUUCUCAACCCAAAUACUCUAUUGGUGAGAUGGAAGGGCAUUUCCAGCAACAGAGCACUUCAAGUGGAGCUGUACUAGAUGACAACCUGGAUGGUCAUCCUCCUGCUAUGCAUUAUUUCUUCCACCAUGACCCAAGGGUGCGUGAUCUAGUCCAUGACAGGCUGAAUCAUUUCUUUCCAAUUGGGGCAGGAAGUACCAGAGAAAAUGAGGAAAGCAGAGGAGAAAGUCUCAGCUACAGGAGGCAUUUCAGCUCGAGUACGGCUGCUAAUAAUGACUGGGUGACUCCAAAUAGAAGGAUACCAGUUCCAACUGAUGUUGGCAAAAGAAGGGUGCAUGCCAGUGGAACUCAAUCUGGCUCUGGCCAUUGGUUUACUGGUGAUAACGGGAAGAAGAUUUAUGUCUCAAAGAAUGGGCAGGAGUUGACUGGCCGAGAUGCCUAUCGACAAUAUAAAAAGGAAAGUGGCAGGGGAUUCAACAAGUACAGGAAGAAAGGUUCAUCUGGAACCAAACAAGGUGCUGCUAAAGUGAAAGUUGAAACUACGGCGAAGCAAGGCUCUAGUAGAGGUAGAGGAAAAAGGAAGCGGUGAGAGGCAGGUCUGCUUGCCCAGCUUCACAAUGGCCAGGAUUCUAUAGUUAGUUUUUGCCUUGUGUGUUUCACUUCAUAGCCGGUUUGUUAAAAGAUCAUGUAAUAAGCUUCAAUUGCUCUCCAUUUUCUUUAAUGUCAGGAGGCACACGUAUACAUCAAUACAUGGUCCUAGUGUGAUUGUAAAUAUUGUUAGCUCCUGCUGCUUUACUGUAUUCUAUUGUUAGCCUGUUAGGUGCCAAGUGCCAAGGAUUCAUAUGCAAAGGGAUGGUACGCACCACUGGAUGUAUAAAACAUGAUUACACGCUCGUAGCAUUCAUCAAGUAAUUAUUUCAUGUAUCCUUUGUGAUUGGAGUUGGACAAUCUAUAAUGAAUUGGCAUACCAUAUUGCUGUCA